CCAUCAUUAAUCUAAUAGCUUUACGGGGUAAACUUAGCAAUUCCCCAUAACUGACUGUACUCCACCUACGGAGGAAUAUUCUACAAUACCUACCAAUCCAGCCUCUCCUACAAUCACGCAAUUCUGAAUUUUUGAUCGCUAACUACUGCACACCGACGUCGCGGCACGACAUUGUUCCCUCGCGCGAUCCCCAUCGCCAUCGCCGAUUGUUAUCGCUCGCAGCGUGGAAUCCGCCCCUUCCUCCAUGCACCUAUCGCCAUCGCCCCUCGAGCAGCGGAGCAGGGUGCAGCAGGCUCGACCUAGGUUGACCGGCGACGUGCUACGUCUCCUCCAUCGAGCAGCGGCGGCGGUGCGGGGCGCAGUCGGUUCGGCCUUCGUUGUUGGCGGCGGGGUCCCUCUCCUCCCUCGACCAUCUGCGGCAGUGCAGGAUGCAACAGGCGGCAAGGGACACAACGCUAGGUGCGGCGGCGGCGAAACUGCGGAAGCCUGCUCUUGUGGUGCGGGCGUGCGACAAUGCCAAGACAGAUACGGGGUGGAGGGCACGUGCGUGAAGGCGGCACGUUCCUCCAACUUCGGACGUGCCGCGGCAUGGGCGUCCCUGCUGUCGUCGUGCUCCCUGAUGCCAACUCCACCUUCCUCCCGCUGCUGGAAAUGCACAUCACCAUCCCAUGCCCUCAACCCGCUGCCUAGAGAAAGCCAUCUGAGAGCAAUAUGGAUGAUGCACAUGAACAGAAUGGCACUUCCAUCUCCACUGCACUGAAGGAGAUCAACCCCAUUGCCAUCAGCAUCGACUGGAACCUCCCAUCGACCAACAUCCUUUUCCUUUUUUUUCUCGAGGACUAACGCCGAAGUACAGAUGAUAUGGGGCACCCAAAAAAUUCCAAAAGAAUUUGCCUCUUGUUUGGACACCCCGAAGCAUUGGCUGGCGAGACUAUGGUUGGGCAAAGAGAGCUUCAGGAGACCGAGUAUGACACCUGACUCGACGGUUGUAUAUUCUUCAAGCAAAUAUGGAAGAAGUUCCUCGCGAGACAUGACACUAGGUCGGCACUGCUGUACUAAUUGCAUUUAAGACACUCACCAACAAUGAGUUGGAGAUUAUAGUCGUCCUUUCAUGUCCUAUAUGAAGUUGAAGAUCAUGUUGGACAAGUUCCGGGAUUUCAUGAUUUAAUUAGUCAUUUCUUUGCGCUUUUUUUGAACAAUGGAGGAGAAGCGCAUGUGAACUUCACAGAUACGAGAAGAAAAGGGCAAAAGACCGUACAAAGCUCAAUUCCUCUUGUAUUUAUUUUGUUUCCUCUUUGUCUACAUACUGAUUUUUUAAACUAUGCUUUGUGAAUCGAAUGUAUAUAGACAUGUGUUAGCGUGUUCGUUCACUUAUUAAU